AUGACGGAGCUGCUGGACAUACUCCAGAGAGGCUUCCAGGAGGAGGUCUACCAGUACACGUGUGGCCACCUGAACCCCAACAGGCUCUACAGGCCGCCCGAGGUCACCCUCCAGCACUGGCGCAAUUCCAGCAGGCCGACGAGCACCCCGGCGCCCCGGGACGCCACCUCGGGAGCGCAGAGGCCGCUCUGCCAGGCGUCAGAGAAGAUGAGAGACGCCUUGGCCUAUUUCACCAUCAACACAGCCUUGCAUCCAGACGGCGCGCAGAACACACGGCUGCUCAGGUAUCUGCCCCUAAAGGGAAGUACUUCCUUCGCCACCCAAAAGGAUUUCCUCACGCAGAAGAUUCUGGAAGAGGUAAAGGAGCGGAGGGCGGACUUCCCAAGCACCCGCAGGAGAGAGGAGCUCCGGCUGCCCGAUAUGAAGGUACUGAAGCGACGGCCGGUGACGUCCAGCCGCCAGUGCGCCACGGAGCCCCCGGACAAGGACUCCUACCAUUACAUCUCCACCUACUUAUCCGGGAUCACCAAGGCCGACAGGUACCGAAUGCUCUGGACUUUCCAAAGAGAAGUCCUGGCAAAGCAGGAUCUCUACAAGAGUGACCUCAGAGGGAGCAAGGUGGUACAGGAGCACGAGAAGAAGCUGAAGAAGGAGCUCCAGGAUGUAUGCCAGUGCGACCCUCUGCAGCUUGGCAGGCUGCAUGUCUUUGGGGAAGUCUUCAAGGACAUCUGCAACAGCUCUCUGAUAUUUGGGGACCUCUUGAAAGAAGUGAAGGAUGAAUAUGAGCUGUACAUGGCGAUUCUCCUGGUGACCCAGCCCACGGAAGAAUGUAAGACUCUUCUGGCUCAAGUCAAAGGGCUGGAGAAGAGCCCUGUGCACGCAAGGGACAUCGGGAAGGCCAGGGAGGAGCUGAGGACGCUGGCGAAGGCCACCAGAGCAGCCUUGGAGCACAAUGACAAACUCAAAAAUGAUUUAGAAACGGAGCACCUGUUGCUACAGUCUGCUAAAGAUAAAAUGGCAUUUGAGAAAAACAUUAAUAAUGAGGACCAACUUACUCUUACUGAGAAGAUUGAAAAGAGGAGAUGUGAAAUUCUUAAUAUGUGGGAUAAAAUCCAAGAUCUUGGUAAACAACUUAAAACAACUUUGGUGCAUACUGGAGUUUCAAGUAUCACUGAGAGUGGAAUUAAAAGCCUAGUGAAUGAAGCUACAAGAUUGGAAACAACAAAUAGGAUUCUAGAGAAGAAAAUCCAAGACAUUGAAAUCCAUGUGAAGUUGAUGAUAGGAAAGAGCAACAUUCCUGUGGUGGAGGAGAGUACCAUCCUUAGUGGUGAGAGGCCAGAAACCAAAAUAUUCCACUUCCUCUAUCCCAAGGCAGCGAAAGCCAUGGGGAAGGUUCUAGGCCACGUGUGGACCAAGACCUAG